GGAGCUGAGCUGAGUUCUGCUGGGCCCCGGGACAGCCUGGAGAGCAGUUCAGGUAAGAGCAGCCAUGGGAAGGAGUCAGCCUGGGAUCUACAGCUGGAAGGGCCAACCUGACUGGAGGUGGGGGCUCCUUUGCUAGAGGGGAGAAAAGAUGGAAGGCCUGUGAAUCAGGAAGCAGGAGGUUUAGUCCGAGAGAGACUAGUAAGAGCCAGUGUCCUAGUCCCUUAGGCAAAAGGGGCAGAAUCUGCUGCCAGCUUGUCUAUGGAGGAAGGCUCUUAACUCAGCCUCAACUGACCCUGUUUGUUUUCUUGCCUUCUGGCCCUGCCCACCUCUGCUGUGGCUCCACCCUUGCCCCACCUACCUUUCUGGGUGAAAGGAUGGCUUGUGGUGGUGGGUAGAGAGAGGGUUGAUGAGUAAGGCAUCUCAGAAGUAGACAUUUCCUCUAGAUGCUUGGGAAUCUAGACAGACUCUCACCAGGAGCCGAACGCCAAGGGAUUUCUCGUGUCCCAAAGUAUGCAUAAAUGUGUUAAAAUUAAGACCAGUGCCUAAGGCUUCCUUCCAGGAUGGCAUCAGGCAGGGCACGCUGCACCCGAAAGCUCCGGAACUGGGUGGUGGAGCAAGUGGAAAGUGGGAAGUUCCCAGGGGUGAGCUGGGAUAAUGCAGCUAAGACCAUGUUCCGGAUUCCCUGGAAGCAUGCAGGCAAGCAGGACUUCCGGGAAGACCAGGAUGCUGCCUUCUUCAAGGCCUGGGCAAUAUUUAAGGGAAAGUACAAAGAGGGUGACAUAGGAGGCCCUGCUGUUUGGAAGACUCGUCUGCGCUGUGCCCUCAACAAGAGUCCUGAGUUUGAGGAGGUUCCUGAGAGAGGCCGUAUGGAUGUGGCUGAGCCCUAUAAGGUGUAUCGGUUGCUGCCACCAGGAACCCUCCCUGCCCAGCCAGGAACCCAGAAAUCACCAACAAAACGACAUCUCAGUUCUGUGUUCUCUGAGAGGGAGGAGGAUGAGGGUACCAGCAAGAACUUCACACUCAGUGACUCUUGCCUUCAGGACCCCCUCAAUAAUGAGAUGAGGUCCAAUGGGGUUGUAAGCCACUCAGACAGCGGGAGCAGCAGUAGCAGCAGCAGUAGCAACAGCAGCAGCAGCAGCAGCAGCAGCAGCAGCAGCAGCAGCAGCAGUAGUCCUGAGCCACAGGAAGGUGCUGACACUACCUCACUUCCAGGUGAGGCUGCCAUUCAAGAGGAUCCAGUGUCUAUGGAGUAUACACUCCCUCUAGACUCGGACUACUCUCUGCUGCUUACCUUCAUCUACAAUGGGCGCGUGGUUGGUGAGGCCCAGGUGCACAGCCUGGACUGCCGCCUUGUAGCUGAGCCCUCAGACUCUGAGAGCAGCAUGGAGCAGGUGGUGUUUCCCAAGCCUGACCCACUGGAGCCCACCCAGCGCCUGCUGAACCAGCUGGAGAGAGGCAUCCUGGUGGCCAGCAACUCCAGAGGCCUCUUUGUGCAGCGCCUUUGCCCUAUCCCCAUCUCCUGGAAUGCACCCCAGGACCCACCUGGGCCAGGCCCGCAUCUGCUGCCCAGCAACGAGUGUGUGACACUCUUUCAUACCACCUACUUCUGCAGAGACUUGGCCAGGUAUUUCUACGGUCUGGGCCCCCCACCCAAGUUCCAGGUAACACUGAAUUUCUGGGAGGAGAGCCCUGACCUCAGUCAUAGCCCACAGAACACUAUCACAGUGCAGAUGGAGCAGGCAUUUGCCCGACGUUUCCUGGAAGAGGUUCCAGAGGAGCAGGUAGCUGCUCAAUUCCUGGAGUAGACCCUGGGAACCCACCUUACCUCUCUGUUCCUUCUGUCUCCUUUGGAAUAACUCAUUCUCCACAUUGUUAGUCUCCCUCCCUUUGUGAUGGUUCUCAUGGCUGUCUGUGACUUAUGUCUUUAAAUAGUUUAUUCACCCUGGCUGGCUGAGAACUCAAGGAUAGUUUUUAUUCUUUUAAAAAAAUUUUGAAGACCAGGUACAAUGACUUAUGCCUAUAAUCCCAGCUACUCAGGAGGUAGAGCUCCAAAGGACCAAGAUUCAAGGACAUCCUGGACAAAGAGUUAUCAAGAGUCCAUCUCACCAGGGACUAGUGUCUCAUACCUGUAAUCCUAGCUACUUAGGAGGCAGAGAUCAGGAGGAUCACAGUUAAAGGCCAAUCUGGGUAACAAAAGCCAGACCUUAUCUCAAAAAUACCCAGUACAAAAAAGGGCUGGCAGAGUGGCUCAAGAGGUAGAGCAACUGCCUAGUGCUGCAAACUCCAGUACUGCAAAAAAACAAAGACCCCAUCUCAACAAAUAAGCCAGGUAUGGCAGUUCACAUCUCUGGCCCCUGCUACAUGUGUAGAUCACUGUCCUGAAUGGUCCCAGGCAAAAACUUGAGACCCUAUUUAAAAAAAAAAAAAAAA